CUAAAGCCCCAAUCUAAAGCCUACGCUCCAAUAGCAGUGCUUAAUCCCCUUUUGCCCUUAAUUACCCCUCCUAUGUUUCAGCUAUUUCUAGAGCAUAUAUCUAAAACCUCCUUUCCUUCCCCUUUCUUUACAAUACUCCACUCUUCCUCUUCUCUUCCAUUCUACGAUCAGAUCUUGCUCCUACCAGAACCACAAUGGAUUUCGUCAGCAAACUCGCCGAAAAGUUCCUCGACAAGGACAAGUCCAGCAGCAGCCAAGAAGGCUACGGCAACCAGGGCGGAUACGGUGGAGGUGACCAGGGAGGAUACGGUGGACAGCAGUCCGGAGGCUAUGGCGGCGGCUACCCUCAACCGCAACAACAUUCAGGCCCUCAAGUGUCUCCCCCUUGGGUCGCCCGGUGGGAUGAGCAGUCACAGCGCUGGUUCUACGUGAACGAGCAGACCGGCGAGAGGACCUGGAACCACCCAGGCCAGGGCGGUGGCUACGGACAGCCGCAGCCUUCCUACGGUGGCGGUGCGCCUUACGGUGGAGAGCAGUCGUAUGGCCAACAGCCCUCGUAUGGAGGAUAUGGUGAUUCGCGCCAGGGAGAUUACUAUCAGCAGCAGGAGCCUAAGAAGGAUCACUCUACGGCGAAAAUUGCGGGUGCUGCGGCUUUGGGUGUGGCUGGUGGAGCGUUGGCAGCGUAUGGUAUCCAUGAAGCGCAUGAGAGCUGGGAAGGGAAUAAGGAAGAGGUGAAACAAAAUGUUGAGGAUUUCCCUGAAAAUGCGGCGGAAUGGACCGGCGAAAAGGUCGGUGAGGUCGAAGCAGGCUGGGAUCGCGCCGAAGAUCGAGUCGAAGAAGGCUGGGAUCACACCGUCAAUGCGGUUGAGGACUUCCCCGAAAAUGCUGCAGAGUGGACUGGCGAAAAGGUCGGAGCCGUGGAACGGUUCGGUGAUGAUAUGCACGAUGCAUACGAGCGGGGAGAGGAUGAGGGCCGCCGUGACGACGAUUGGUAGUUCUGGGAAUUCCCAAGUAUUCCUCGGUCGGAUACUGCAGGGUUUGGUUUAGAAGAGAACUUUUAAUGUCGAAUUGGAUUGAUAUUACUACCACUCGAAGUUGGUUCUAUUGAAAUUCAUGGGGACUAUUCCCUUUCGGGAACAUUCAGGGGACACCCCCCUGUUAUGUCACUAUUUAUGCAAACAUUACGCUCAAGCACUCAUACCUAGGUAAUAAGUAGUAGCAUCUGGCUAUACAC